AUGUGCAUAGCACCCAAGCUUGUCAUAGGGUGGAGCGAAGGUAAGAAAGGACAACAAAUAGCAUGGGUGAUUCUUCGAGUCUUAAUUGCUGAUCCGGAGAUCGACAGUGAACUGUACGAAGAAGAUAAAGAAUACGAGCGUUCCUUUAACAUUUACGAGCGGGAAUAUAUCGAAAUCAAGAAAGUUUUAAAUCAAAAAAUGUGGUCAGCAUCUUUUAGAACACAAUCAACACCAACUAUGGACAUACCAUUCUUCCACGGGGAUUAUCAUAAAUGGAAUUCGUUUAAAGAUCUAUUUAUAGAAACGAUUCAUAAAAACCGUUCCAUGUCCAAUGCGCAGAAAAUGCAGUUCUUAAAGAGCAAGGUCAAAGGGGAAGCUGAAAAACUCAUACAGCAUUUAAACGUCAGUACAGAGAACUAUCAAAUUUGUUGGGAUAUUCUGAAUCACAGAUAUAACAACAAAAAGUUAAUAUUCAGCUCUCAUAUCAAUAUGUUAUUGAAUUUACCAACAAUGUCACUUCAAACUGCAGCAAUUAUAAAGAAAAUUCACGAUACUGCAAAUGAAUGCUUGAAUGCCAUAAAGUCGCUUGGAGUCGACAUCACUACGUGGGACCCGCUAGUGGUUCAUAUACUCUCUCAAAACCUUGACCAAGAGACACAUAAGGAUUACAUAGAGUCUUUAAAAAACCCGAGAGAAUUACCUACAUUGGCCGAAUUUUUCGAGUUCUUAGAAAUAAAAUUUACCUCACUAGAAGCUUCGAAACGAAAACAAGAUAGUAUUGCGCAAAAAUCAACCUCGCAGUAUUCUUCAUUUAAUACAAAGAAACCGAAUCAGCAAAAUAAUUAUAAUUACAAUAAAUAUUCAACUAACAACGCAUAUCAACCGAACAAACAUAUUUCUAAAUCGUUACUUGUUUCAUCAGCAUUACAAUGCCCCCAAUGCAAAGGGAAACACGGCAUUUUCAACUGUAAAGAAUUCUUAGAAAUGUCAAAUGACAUGAAGUUAAAGACUGUCUAUAGCCUACGACUAUGCACUAACUGUUUAUAUGAUCACAAGGGAAACAAAUGCAUCUCAACAAAGACAUGUAACAAAUGUACAGAAAUGCAUAACACCUUACUGCAUGACGCAUUCAGUUAUUCUUCACACACAGAAGCCAGCCACUCGGACAGUGUUAACGUAUCACAGCAGAAAGCAGCGGAAAUCCUUCUUGCAACAGCACUAAUAAAAGUAACAGCUGCAGAUGGUACGCAGCACACCAUGCGAGCGCUUAUUGAUCAAGGAUCGCAGAUAUCUCUCAUCACUGAGAAUGCAGCGCAGCGACUGCGAUUGCCCCGUCGUCGUUGCAAAGGCGUAGUAUUUGGACUAGGUUCUCAAGGAAAUAAUAGCAAGGGUUCUAUACAAAUAACAGCAUCAGCAAUAAACAGCGAAUUCACGUUCAAUACGAAAGUAAUAAUAAUGAAUAGUCUUAUCAGUAAUCUUCCGAAUCAAUCAUUCUCUAAACCAGCGUGGCCGCAUAUAGAGCAGUAG